CGUGGCUAGGUGUUUUCCUGACGGACGAAGGUAAAAUGUCUGUGUUGUUUUUUAAAAUAUGUAUUUGUAGUCGUGUUGAUAGUUUGCAAUUCAUGUGGAGCUAAGCAAGUGCAUCUUGGCGUUUUAAUUACAAGUCUGUUGAGAAUAACAUUUUACCCAUUAAGAAGCUAGCCCGUUAUUACUUUGCUACCUACAGUAACGUUAUCUUGCAGGUGCUGCUAACUAAGCUACCUCAGAUGCAAAAUCCGGCUUCUUAAUUAACUAGCAAAACACGAUUCUUUAUGGUGCUUACCCUAACUUAUACGGUUAAUUUAUAACUAAAAUAAAGUUUGAAUUAUUCAUAUGUAACGUUACCGAGUUCUAUGUCGUGUAACGUUACUGCAAUGUCUGUCAUAUUGCCACAAUAAAUUUCAGUAUCCCGAAGGUGUUUUCAGCAUAUAUAAUAAUAUUAUCAGGGCAUAACAGUUUAACAGCUUUCUAAAUGAUUUAAAUUCAGGGUAUCAAUUCAACCUGGAAUAUUACAUUUUAAAGAAUUAAAACAUCACAGAUGAAUUAAUUACAAAAUCAGGUUCAUUAUUAUAGCCUAUUUUAGACUAUAGUCAAAGACAAUAAAUAAUAUUCAUUAGUAAAUUCAGAUUUACAGGCACAGUUUGGCAUGGACCAGUAUGUGUAGUUGUUUUGAUUGGUGCACUUGGAGCUUGUGUAGACACUCUGCUUAUUCCCCUUUGACCCUGUUUAAUUCCCGUUUUAGUCAUUUACUUUGUAUAUAUCUAAAUGUAACUUUCAGAAACAAGUUGAAUGAUAGUAUAACUAAUCAUCUCAUCUCUUUGUUUUCAGGUUUUUGUACCCAUCCUUUAUCAGUGAAAUAUUUUACAAAUCAAACGGUUCUUUUAAGAGCCUCUCUCUGUUUCUCUCCUUUUUCUUGUGUUUAUCUCUCUCCCUAUUUGUAUUUCUUCAUACCUUUAUCCUUUCGUUAUUUAUCUUUAAAAAAUCGGCAAAUGGCAUCUGAGGCAUUCAGACAAUGGCUGGAAGCAGCAAAAACCUUGGCAGAUGAGUUUGAAACCACAAAUACCCAAAAGAAAAGAAAGCAAAAGGGACCUAAAGUCUCCAAUGUUUCCUGGAGGAAGAGAGACCAGCAUGGGAACAUCCUACCACAACGUGUUAGGAUUAUGAAGAAUCGAUCUGUGAAACCCUCUGGCACUAAGGUUUCAGAAGUUGAGGAGCUCUCUGAAGUUGAGGAGGUGAAUGAAAUUCAACAGGAGGUCCCAAAUCUUGAUCAACAUCUUCAGAGACUAAAAGACCUGGUAAAUUCAGUCACUGUCACUGCAUCGGUGGAAGAAGACACAACCACCAUGUCUGCGUGGACAAAAAGACAGGCUAUCUCUGAAAAAAAAUUCAAGGCUGCGAUGCCAGAAAUUUUAAAUUGCAUGUUGACUGCAGAGACUGUAAACCAGCAUUGCUGUCAACAAUGCAAGAUGACUGAUGCUGUUGUCCGGUGCUUGGACUGUGUUCCCUCGGGAAUUCAGUUUUUCUGUUCCACAUGCGACACAGAGAUCCACAGAAAAAAUGUUUUGCAUAACAGAGAAGUUAUGUUUGAUGGGUUUUUCAAUCCUAUUCCACCAACAUCCUUUGUGGUGGUUUGUGGUGACCAGUAUCACCUCAAUGAACAAGUGUGUAUGCUUCCAAUUCUUCCGCCACUGCAAAUCUGCUCCUGCGGUCCAAACCAGGACCUCAUAAUCACCCCAGGAAAGCAGACUGUCUUGGUGACAAUCAAUGGUCCAUACAACCUGUGCCUGCCUAGUGUAUGCUGUCCACUGUGUUCUACUAAAUGGACUCCUGGAAUUGGUGACUUGCUUAAAUUUAGAUAUUGGCCAGCAACCACCAGCUGCCAAAUGCUGUUUAACCCUCAUGUGUUGUUGGGGAUGUUUUCAUCCACUACAGAGUUUUUUUUACUCUUAAUUUGGCCGUAACUUUCUCUCUGUUUUAGCAAAUUGAAUGAUUUUUGGUGACAAAUCUUAUAUUUACAUAUAUUUUAAGAAAAUGCUUUGAAAUUUUUUAAAAACUCAACGAUAUACCGUGGGCAAAUUUACUACCCUUUCGUGUUGUUAGUGGAUGAAAACAUCCACUAAAUUCAACGGCUGUAAAAAUUUAUCAGAUGAAUA